CCAGGGGAUGGUAAUCCACCCCUGAGUUGAUGCCGCUCGCCGUGUGGUGUCGUCCUGUCCAGUAUGGCCACCAACUGGUGAUAGGUACAGAUACUGCGCCUUCACGUUCCGGCUUUUUAUUGUAAACUAAAGCUCGUGUUUGUUCUAGUUUUGGCUCUUACUCUUACCCCGACAAUUUUGUUCUGUAAUUAGCAAGUCUCUAGCAAGUGAUCGUUUUCAAAAAUUAAUAAAACAAUAUUUGCUCCACUUAUUGACGAGAUAGUUUAUCUAUUUAAUUUAAACUUCUGACGAGUUUGAAAGUACUCAUAUAAUUAAAUAAAUUGCUGAGUAAUGGCGCCAUUUAAAUUGCGAUUCGCAAAAAUGGGCAAGUCCCGCAGCAAAGGAAGUCGAAGUGACAGCAGCGAGUACGAGGACGUGGCAUCAAGUCUAGAUUUCGGAGGCAUGAGCACUCCUGGGACACCUGGUACAGAGUUCAAUGUAAUUGCGCUGCCCAAAGACUCACAGACUACUAUGACCAACUCACCCCCGCCUUCCUACGAGCAUGUAUUGCAAGAGACGCAAUUGAGACGCACGCCGAGUGAAGUUGAUGAGGGCGAAGAAGAGUUCGCUGAAGCUGAAAAUGAUAAUAAUUAUACGGACGAGAGUGUUGUGUUGAGCAGCAAGGGCAGAAUGUUGACAUCCGGAGUCAGCAGAGUGAGUGGAGAAAGCGAGGCCAGUUUGGUGGGCAAUCAAAUAAUCGUAAAGGGCCCGGAGAUAUUUCACAAGUCCAGCAAAGAACUUUAUCGCGCUAUUGCGAAGCAGUGCGGCAUCUCUUGUAAAAUGAGCGAUCAAUGCCGCUGUUUAGACUGUCAGAGUCAUUACUUCGAUUGCGAGUACGAUAAAGAUGAACAAGAAAAGACUGACGGCGGGUUGGGUGCCGGUACUCCGAUGUUCAUCGCCGAAGUAAUGCACGGAACAGCUUGCAUUCUUCUUUAAGUAAUCAAUAUAACUAUAAUUAUAAUUAAUUACUGCAUUAAAUAUUUGAAUAUUCGAUCGGAAAAACGACUGAGGGUUCGAGUAUUUUUAUACUCGGCAGAACCAAUGGGAUAAGCAGAAUAAGUUUAUUAAGUGAAAUAUCAGGCUGUAAUAUUUUAGAGGCAUAGAUAUUAUUAUUAAUAUUAUUAAUUAAUUAAUUAAUAAUUACUUAACAUAUAAAUAUAUAUAUUCUUACCUUAAUUAGCUUAGUUCAUUUAACAUUCAAGUGAUUGUUUACUUUCAAGCUUCCGAAAUUUCGGCCAUGGAAAAUUCUACACUUUUUUUUUUAAUUGAAAUUUUGUGCGGCCAAAUCGUGAAAGCGUGAAAAUAAUUAAUUAAUUAAUUAAUCAAUUAAAGUAAUAUAUUAAAUUAUUUAAUUAAAAGUAUAUUUAAAUUUUAUAUCAUCCAAUUAUUUAUUGACUUUUUAAAUUAAUUGUCAAUGAGACUGAUUCAAGUACAUAUAUAUAUUUUUUAUUUGUAAAUUAUAUCAUUAAUUUUUUUUUAUUUAGGGAAAGUCGGAAAAUUGGGGUAUCUACAAAAUUAAAAUUUUUUUUCUUUUUUUGAUUCAAAAAUAAUUUUUAUUAAUU